AGUUACUGCACUCAAGCAUGCAAGAUGGGUGUUUGUGUGUCAGAGUGGUUUUUACACCAAACUCUGUCACCCCCACCACCGCAUGAUCUCCAAACAUUACUUAUUCAACAGAACUUCAUCCCUGCCCCUACACAUUCUGAAAAAAACUUGAAAUACUGAAAUUGAAUGGGAGAUUUCCCCCCAAGCCUAUUUGCAGGAUGGGGAAGGAGGGGCUACAGUUCACAUCAACGACCUCCAACAGGGGAGAAACCAUUUAAAGGUAUGGAGUGCGGAAAGAGCUUUAGUGAUAAUGGAAAACUUAGAACACAUCAACGGACACAUACAGGGGAGAAACCAUAUAAAUGUAUGGAGUGUGGAAAGAGCUUCAGUCAGAGUGGAGACCUCAAUAUACAUCAACGGACUCACACAGGGGAGAAACCAUAUAAAUGUAUGGAGUGUGGAAAGAGCUUCAGUAUCAGUGGAAACCUUAGAACACAUCAACGGAUUCACACAGGGGAGAAACCAUAUAAAUGUAUGGAGUGUGGAAACAGCUUCAGUCAGAGUAGACACCUCAAUAUACAUCAACGGACGCACACAGGAGAGAAACCAUUUAAAUGCCUGGAGUGCGGAAAGAGCUUUAGUGAGAAUGGAAAACUUAAAACGCAUCAACGGACUCACACAGGGGAGAAACCAUUUAAAUGUAUGGAGUGUGGAAAGAUCUUCAGUAAGAAUGGAAACCUUAGAACACAUCAACGGAUUCACACAGGGGAGAAACCAUAUAAAUGCAUGGAGUGCGGAAAGUGCUUCAGUCAGAGUGGACACCUUGAUAUACAUCAACGGACUCACACAGGGGAGAAAUCAUAUAAAUGUAUGGAGUGUGGAAAGAGCUUUAGUGAUAAUGGAAAACUUAGAAAACAUCAGCGGACUCACACAGGGGAGAAACCAUUUAAAUGCAUGGAGUGCGGAAUGAGCUUUGGUGAUAAUGGAACACUUAAAAAACAUCAGCGGACUCACACAGGGGAGAAACCAUUUAAAUGCCUGGAGUGCGGAAAGUGCUGCAGUCAGAAUGGAGACCUUAGAAAACAUCAACGGACUCACACAGGGGAGAAACCAUUUAAAUGCAUGGAGUGCGGAAAGAGCUUCAGUCAGAGUGGAAAUCUUAGAAAACAUCAGCAGACACACAGGGGAGAAACUGUUACACAUAGUUCACAUCAACGACCUCCAACAGGGGAGAAACCACUUAAAAUUAUGGAGUGUGGGAAAAGUUUCAUUCGGAGUGGACACCUAAAUAUGCAUCAAUGGACACACACAGGGGAGAAACCAUAUAAAUGUAUGGAGUGUGGAAAGAGCUUCAGUAAGAGUGGACACCUCAAUAUGCAUCAACGGACUCACACAGGGGAGAAACCAUUUAAAUGUAUGGAGUGUGGAAAGAGCUUCAGUCGAAGUGGAAGCCUUAGAAGACAUCAACGGACUCACAGAGGGGAGAAACCAUUUAAAUGUAUGGAGUGCGGAAAGAGCUUCAGUCGGAAUGGAGACCUUAAAUUACACCAGUGGAUUCACACAGGGGAGAAACCAUUUAAAUGCAUGGAGUGCGGAAAGUGCUUCAGUGAUAAUGGAAGCCUUAGAAGACAUCAACGGACUCACACAGGGGAGAAACCAUUUAAAUGCAUGGAGUGUGGAAAAAGCUUCAGUUUCAAUGCAACCCUGCGAAGACAUCAACAGACUCACAAAGGAGAGAAACCAUAUAAAUGUAAGGAGUGUGGAAAGAGUUUCAGUCAGAGUGGACACCUCAAUAUACAUCAACGGACUCACACGGGUGAAAAACCAUAUAAAUGUAUGGAGUGUGGGAAGAGAUAUAGUGAUAAUGGACAACUUAGAACACAUCAACGGAUUCACACAGGGGAGAAACCAUUUAAAUGCAUGGAUUGCGAAAAAAGCUUUAGUGAUAAUGGAUCCUUUAGGAAACAUCAACGGACUCACACAGGGGAGAAACCAUAUAAAUGUAUGGAGUGCGGGAAGAGCUUUAGUGAAAGUGGAUCUCUUAGAAAACAUCAACGGACUCACACUGGGGAGAAACCAUUUAAAUGCAUGGAGUGUGGGGACAGCUUUAGUGAUAAUGGAAAUCUUAGAAGACAUCAACGAACUCACACAGGGGAGAAACCAUUUAAAUGCAUGGAUUGCAAAAAAAGCUUUAGUGAUAAUGGAUCCCUUAGAAAACAUCAACGGACUCACACAGGGCUGCAGGCAGAGUGGAAUCCUUGAUUUUCAUCAACAAACUCACACAAGAGACAAACCAUAUAAAUGGCAGCAAAGGAGAUAAGAGUUUCAGUCCUAGUGGAACAUCAACAGACAUGCACAGAAAGAACUUUAAUAGUUGCCACCCUACAAACCAUCAACAACCUCAAAGUGGAGAAGCAGUUUAAAUGGAGGGAUUACAAAAAGUGCUUUAGUUAUAAUGGAGUGUUUAGGAAACAUCUAGGGAGUCUCACAAGGGAGAACCCAUUUAGAUGUAUGGAGCACGGGACAUGUUCCACUCAGAGGAAAUCCUUCUUCCGGCUUCAGGGCCCAGCUGAGUGUUGUCAUUCUCUCCAACUAGGUAACUCCUGUCUAAUCUGCUCUCUGUCUGCGUCUCUCCCUGCUUCUGAGACCACUGGAAACGAGGUGGGCCGUUUCUCCCCCUCCAGCUCCUCUUCUGAGGAAAGCUGAUCUGCCUGAGAAUGGAUUCCCCCAUAUUUGGCUUCAGACCAUUCCCUGACAAAACACAUUGCUCUAUGUCCUUCCAGCCUCUUUCCUCCCUUGCUCCCUUCUGCCGGUGUGUGUGCCUGACUUAGAUAUCCUGUGUGCUGUAUUUUUUUUACUGCUGAAACUGGAUUUGCUCUCAGGAGCUAAGUUUUGUGCCUCACUGGGGACCCAGUGAGAACUGUAUGCUUUGAAAGCUCAGUAAACUAUUACUGAAGAAGUC